GGAAAGCUAGAAAUGGUGAUAAGCACAAUGAUAUCAAUAUGGAUGCUUCCCAAAUUAUUUCAAAUGUUAGACACAAAAUUUUGCAAUUUUAUUCUUACAAUCUUAUUAUUGUUAAGAAUUUUCAAAAAUGCGCGAAUAUGGCCAUUGCUUUUGGUAUUCCUGUGAACGAUGGGACUAUCAAUUCGGUUGAUAAAAUUGUUAAGUGGAUUAAACCCAAACCACCUUAUGUGAAACUCAAUUUGGAGGGGUCUGUUGGACCUAAUUGUUCUGGUGCUGGUGGUAUUAUUAUGGAUCAAUUGGGGUGUAUUCUUGCUGCGUACGCUGGACAGUGCUCAAAUGUGAUUUCGACUGAGCUUAUGGCUUUACAUUAUGGAUUGAAUAUCUGUAUCAAAAUGGGUAUUACCUUUGUGUGGAUUGAGGUGGAUGCUAUGCUUCUUAUUCAAAUCAUUAACAAUGUUGUCCAUGGUAGCCCUCAAAACUUUUAUCUUAUUAAGAAAAUUAAGAAUUCCCUUACCUUUGUCAAUUUUUAUAUAUCUCACAUUUACUGGGAAGUUAACGUCAGUGCAGAUUGGUUAGCUAAAAAGGGUUGUUCUAUUCAUAAUUAUGAAGAGUUGGAUAUUCAGAGAUUAAACCCUAGCUUGAAAGGUUUCUUAGGUGGAAGCUUAUCGACUAUCUUUCUUCGGACACUCAAGACAAUUUUGCUCCCUACGGUUCGAUUAUCUCUUUUUACAGGAAUUACAUGCUGAACUGUUAUCCCUUGAGAUUUCUUUUUUGGGUGCUGUCCUCUUGCAGCCCUAGUAUGUUUUUAAGUCAUUUUGUAAUUAGUAGUACAAGGAACCACCGACUUUUAGGUUUUAUUUUAUUUUAUUUUAUAGCUCUUCUGAGCAUUAGAAAG